AUGGGUGACGUACAUCAAAGAAAAGUUGCCACAAUGGUGACCACAGAAGAACAGCCACUUAUAGGUACAGAUGGACAAAUCAAACUACGGAAGAAGACGGUUGUCAGGAAACUAUAUACAUGGGAAGAAAUACCUGAAUGGCAAAAGGAUAAUGAGCACAUUCACACUGGUUACGUGAGGGAGACUAGCAGUGUCAUGGAGUGUAUCCGCAGUUUGUUCUAUCUUCAUAAUGAAACUGUGAAUAUCUACUCACAUUUGAUACCUGCAAUUGCUUUCUUCAGUACAAUAUUCUUUAAUAAGUAUGUUGUGCCCACAUACAGUACUACCACUUUGAUAGACUAUUUGAUUAUUGACAUAUUUUUCCUAGGUGCUUUCUCAUGUUUGAUCCUAAGUAGCACAUUCCAUUGCUUAAAGAGCCAUUCGUUGAGAGUAGCUGUCUUUGGCAAUAAGCUUGAUUAUCUAGGAAUUGUAUUUCUCAUUGUUGCAUCAAUGGUAAGCAUUUUAUAUUAUGGCUUUCACGGUAAUCCAUGGUUCUUCGGUAUAUUUUCUUUAAUCACUAUGACUUUUGGGGCGGCAUGCGCCGUAGUGUCACUCAAAGAUACUUUUAGAUCGCGGGAAUGGAGACCAUACAGGGCAGCUCUGUUUGUGAUAUUUGGUUUAUCAGCAGUACUGCCUAUUCUAGCUGGACUUUUCAAGUAUGGUCCUACUGAAACUUGGACAAGGAUACAACUAAAGUGGGUUAUCUUAGAAGGUGUAUUUUAUAUAUUUGGUGCAUUUCUGUACGGAAUUAGAUUUCCAGAGAAGAUGAGUCCCGGAAGUUUUGAUCUGUGGGGCCAUUCUCAUCAGAUAUUUCACAUUUUGGUGGUUGUAGCUGCCCUUUGUCAUUUAAAGGCUCUUUUAGGUAGCUAUUCUUUAGUCCAUUAUAGAUUUAUGAUAGAUAUGUAUUGA